GCGGUGGCGGGAGGCGACUAUGGCGGGAGGCAUGAAAGUGGCGGUCUCUCCUGCAGUGGAUGCCCGGCCCUGGGGCGGAGGGCCCCGGGGCGGCGGGGCAGUGCGGCUGCUCCUGGUUCUCUCCGGAUGCUUGGUCUGUGGCUCAGUUGAAAUUAAUGUGGUCAUGCUUCAGGAAUCUCGAGUUUAUACUAUGACUGCCAGGCAACAGUUCUGUUAUGAAAAUGUGCUUAUCCCAAAGUGGCAUGAUAUAUGGACACGGAUACAGAUUCGGGUAAAUAGUUCCAAACUGGUACGAGUCACCCAGGUGGAGAAUGAGGAGAAACUGAAGGAGCUAGAGCAGUUUAGUAUCUGGAACUUUUUUUCCUCCUUUUUAAAAGAGAAAUUGAAUGACACCUAUGUUAAUGUGGGACUGUACAGCACAAAAACCUGCCUCAAAGUUGAGAUUAUAGAGGAAGACACCAAGUACAGUGUCACUGUGACCCGAAGAUUUGACCCCAAACUCUUUCUCGUUUUCCUUCUUGGACUUAUGUUAUUUUUUUGUGGAGACUUGUUGAGCAGAAGCCAAAUCUUCUACUAUUCCACUGGGAUGGGUGUGGGAAUUGUGGCGUCUCUGCUAAUCAUCAUUUUCAUGCUGUCCAAGUUUAUACCCAGGAAAAGUCCCAUUUACAUCAUCCUGGUGGGAGGCUGGUCCUUUUCGCUAUACCUCAUUCAACUAGUUUUUAAAAAUUUACAAGAGAUCUGGAGGUGCUACUGGCAGUAUCUUUUAAGUUAUGUCCUCACAGUUGGAUUUAUAAGUUUUGCAGUCUGUUACAAGUAUGGGCCCUUGGAGAAUGAACGAAGUAUCAACCUGCUGACCUGGACCUUGCAGCUGAUGGGCCUCUGUUUCAUGUAUUCUGGUAUCCAGAUACCACAGGUUGCUUUUGCCAUUAUCAUCAUUGCUCUGUGUACUAAGAACCUGGAGUAUCCUAUUCGGUGGCUGUACAUCACCUACAGAAAGAUGUGUAAGGCAACAGAAAAGAUUGUCCCCCCUCGUCUCCUGACAGAAGAAGAGUAUCGAAUACAAGGAGAGGUGGAAACUCAAAAGGCGUUAGAGGAGCUUCGAGAAUAUUGUAACAGUCCAGACUGCUCUGCUUGGAAGACUAUUUCUCGAAUCCAGUCUCCAAAGAGAUUUGCUGACUUUGUGGAAGGUUCUUUUCACCUCACACCAAAUGAAGUUUCUGUCCAUGAGCAGGAGUAUGGAUUAGGGAGCAUUAUUGCCCAGGAUGAAAUCUAUGAAGAAACAUCCUCUGAGGAGGAGGACGCAGAUUCUUGGUAUCCCACUGCCAUGCAGAACAACUUUUUGACUUAGGUGGAAGUCAUUUAUUUUUAUGUGGACUGGCUUGGUCCCUUGAUGUGGUCCAUGUCGCAUAUGUUGUGCAUUAUGCUGCUCAGCUUGUUGAGACAGAGCGAGAUAGUGCAGGAAUUCUCCCACUGAAAUUAGAAGCCUGAGUAGGCCUCCCUCUGAAAAUGGUCUUGGUGGUGUCUGUGGGAUCCCUGGGGAAUGAGAGUGGGUAAAGUAGUAAAUGCUCCCCUUGGUUAAGCAGUCAGCUCACCUUUUAUGUUUCCAGAGAGACUGGAUGAGCACAGCGAGCACAGCAUUCUAGCUCCUCUUUUGGAAGUUGAUUCAGUCAUGGCAUUUCUGCCACUGUGACUGGCACUCAGAAGUGAGAACUGUUAUCUGGGUUAUAUUUUUCAGAGAGAAAGCCAAUUUCACUUCUACUUUUAUUCCAGUGACUUUAGAAUAAUCCUUGUUUAAAGAGGAAAAUGGAUUUUUAUUUGUUUGUCUUAUUUUUUAAAUGGACAUAUGUAAUUUUAAUUUCUUAAAAUUCGUGUUCCAGAACCAGCAAGUGCUCCAGUGUGACAAGCCUCGUAGGCCCCUACAUAUUUAUUAAUAUGGAUUAUCCAUUAAAGCCCCAGAAGCUGUUGUGUUGAGCUUUGAAUUGGUUCUCAUGCACAUGAUAUUCUGAGUCCUGCUUGCUUUUAGGAACAUGCCUAUUGGCUCUUCUGUAGGGGAGGUCCGUUGGGCUUUUUAUUAUAGUCGGCUUUCAAUUCCAUCUUAAAAGUAAAUUUGCAUUUUUUUCCUUCUCAUUCCUUCUAGCUCCCUUUGCCCUUUUACAAAGCAUCUAUUCCCAUACCUGUGAAGUAUGUACAAUUCAGAGUUUUUUCAUUUCUUAUAUUCUCUUCCCCUUGGUUUUUAGCAUUAUUCCUGCUAUUUAGGAGAAGCGAUCUUAUUUAGGGAAUGUAAAUGGUUUUUACAGGUUCUCCAUUUUUUUGGGGUCAGUGAGUCACAUAUCUUUGAGUUGCUGUGGAAUCAGGAAACUAUCUCCUUUUUCUUUCCUUCCUUUGUCUACUCAUUCUUCCUGUUUCUUUCUGUCUUUCCUUACCACCUAUUUUUCCCCCCAUGAGCUCUGGCUAAUUUUGUAAGCCCUAAAACUAUGAAGUUUCUUGAUACAACAUACAAGAUGUAGUUAUGUAGCUACUAUAGUUUGCAUUGCUAGAAAAUAGACCUUCAGUUAAUCUUCAUGACUCUGGAUGCUCCUUCAGCCAUCAGGAUCAGAUUUUUUUAAAGAUGAGUCAUAUAUACAUUUUUAAAAAUUGAUUUUAGAAAGAGAGAAACAUCGAUUCGUGUUACACUCAUUUAUGCAUUCAUUGAUUGAUUCUUGUAUGUGCCAUUAAACCCAUAGCCUUGGUGUAUUUGGAUGACACGCUAACCAACUGAGCUACCCAGCCAGGGCCAGACAUAUUUUUCCAUGAAUUAUACUUACCUGCCGUUUCAUUUCUGACUAGAGAUUCAUGCGUCCUUUUAUUAUAGUGGCAUUAGUUUCAGAUUCUUUUGCCAUUGGAAAGUAACCCUAUAAACCAGCAAUGCCAUUUAUGAGGGAGUGAAUUUUUAUGUCUCUGUCAUUAGCUGGUUUUGUCUUUGUGAUCUUCACCCUCAUGCCUUGAAAGAAGCUAUAAUUACUCUGGCCAGGAAGAUAGACACCGAUGGUAAGAGCACAGCAUAGACUUCCUGGAUGACCAUGAUCAUAGAGAUGAUUUGUUAAAAAGUCUUCAUGACUCCUUCAGACCAGCCAUUUAGCAGAUAAGGCCCUGGGCUCCAUUACUGACUUUCAAAAUGUCAGUUCUGAGACUCCUCUCCAGGUGGCCAGUUGAUUAUUUCCAGCAGUGUUUCCCAUAGCUUUAAACUGUCUUAAAGUGACAAGUACCUCAGUUGGCAGCAAAUAGACAUAAUAGAAAGUGAAAAAUAAGCAGUUUUGGGGCAGAUGCUGUUGGUUAAAGUUGUAGACUAAAGGAGCUCUAUAUUGGGAAACCUAAUGCCUUUGUGAGUUAUGUACAUGGUAAAAUUUUAUCUCUCUACAAAGAACUGUUAAGACCUUUGGAAUAUACUAUUUUUGACCUCAUUUACAGAAAUUGAGGCCUAGGCUAUUUGAACCUAAGUUGAUUGGAAGAAGUAAUUUGGCUGUACAAGUAGUUGAUUCCCUGCUUCCAAAUACCUACUUAGGGAGGGUGGUAGCUUGCUCCAGGGUGACUUUUCCUGAUUCAUGUCUUCAUUUCAGUGAGAAAGCAAUGUGAGUUAGGGACGGAUUUUUCUCUCUUUAUGUUUAGUAAACUUGUGAAAUAAAGUUUCCAUCUCAAGACCAGUUACUUUCACUAUGUUUGAAUUUAGGGUGAGUAAAAUCAAACUCCGCUUAUUACUUCCUGUCUGGUAGUUGGAGACGGAGCUGUAGGCAGCGGAGAUGACAGUGGGUCCUGCAGCAUGAGAACUGCUCUCAGUGAAGGACGGUGCCUCUGGUGUGCUGCGUGUCCUUGCCCUGCCUGCCUGUGUGGCUCUGCCCCAGAUGCUUCAGAGCUCCCAUGUGCCUGGAGAUUGCUGAACUUAGGAAACCUUUAGAAGCUGCUCUUGUCUCCCUCUGGCCACUUGGUGUACUGGCUCAGUCACUACUUGAAGCCCCCAUUUAAUUUUCUCUGGUAGUUGCAGCUUUUGCAAUUUCAGCAUAGUCUCAUUUCUCAGACUGAUCUCAUCAAGAAGGAUUGAAGGGAUAACUAUGAAGUGAGCUGGACAUUGGAACCACGUCUGCUGCCAUGUCAGCAUUUUGCUCAGCAAAUAUCAAGCUACAAAUUGGCCCUAGGGCCCAGGGACUCAUCGGCAUUCAAAAAUCUAUUGCCUCUCAUCAGCCUGACCAAGUUGUGUAGAGCAUGUCUCUCAUUAAUAUAAGAGCCGACUGGCCUAAAACAUUUCCUCUUGACUUUCCCACUCAGAUUACUUUCAUGAGACCAAUGACCAAAAAUAAGGAAAAUUUAGCAGCUUUGAUAUCUCCCAACAAAUUUCUAUCAGCCACUUCAUCUCGCCAAAACUAGUUUAUUUCUCCCCCCAAAUUCAUGAAUUUAUGUCUUGUACAAAGGAUAUUUUGCUGGUAAUAGUUCCAUUAUAGUUCCAAUGUUUCAUUUUGUGCUAAUACAUCCCACUCUAGGCCCUAGCCCUCUCUUCAUUGACUAUGUUCCCUUCAAUCCAAUCCCCACUGAGUAUAUAUGAUAGAGAUUUGAUUAAUAAAAGGACCCAAAUAGGCCAGAUAGUCCCCCCAGGCCCUGAUAUCCAUAAAAGGCUUGGGGUUGGAUUAUGCAAUUGUCCUCAAUUUUUUUGUUGUUCUAGAAAAAAAAAAAAAAAAGAUGGGCUCAGAUGGAUGCUUGCGCAAAAAUGAUUCUUAGCUGUUUACUCAUAACUUUUCUCUGAAUUGAGGAGUGAGAGUUGAAGUAGGAGGAAAGGAAAUUAAAUGUCCUUGUAUUUUUUGGACUCAGUUCUGACAUAUGAGAUAAUAACCUAUAUUGAAA